AGGAGGAUAAUGUACUCGGUUUCUGUUUUUCUUAUUUUCGUAUUUUUUUUUGUUGAACGUAAGCUAUAAAUUCGUCUCCUCUUGUAAUCUUAAACUUUUGCUGUAGACAUUUAUCUGACUUUCAUGAUAAGGUCAAAACCUAUUGUGAAACUAUAAAGUGAUCACGCAUUAUGUCGAGUGCGGAUCGGAUUGAUUUUGAAAUGGAAGUCGAAGUCGAGAGUGCAUCGUCGGGGCCCGCGGCGGAGCCCCCUAAUCCAACGUCGCCGUCAGCGCCAAUUCCAGCUGCAGACAACAAGAGCGUGGUAGUUACCACUGCAACGUCUGGUUCCGUUACCGUAUCCCUUCACCCAUUAGUCAUUAUGAAUGUUUCCGAACAUUGGACUCGACUUCGAGCACAAGAGGGCUCUCCACAAACUGUAAUUGGAGCUCUUAUUGGGAAGCAAAAAGGUCGUAACAUUGAAGUUAUGAAUUCAUUUGAACUGGUGUUCAGUGUGAUUGAGAAUGACAUUAUUAUAGAGAGAGAUUAUUAUAAUUUAAAAGAAGAACAAUUUAAACAAGUAUUUUCUGACAUGGACUUCCUGGGCUGGUACACCACAGGGGACACUCCCACAGAGCGGGACAUUGCUGUGCACAGGCAAAUCUGUGACAUCAAUGAAUGUCCUGUUAUGCUAAUGUUAAACCCAGCUGGACGAAAUGGUGAUCAACUUCCUGUAGUACUGUAUGAGUCUGUGAUUGAUGUCGUACAAGGCAGGGCUACAAUGCUCUUAGCUCCACUUACAUAUACUUUAGCAGCGGAAGAGGCAGAGAGGAUUGGUGUUGACCAUGUGGCUAGGGUGUCUUCUGGAGAAGCAGCUCUUAAUAGUUUAGUGGCGGAACACCUAACCGCGCAGCGGUCGGCUAUAAAGAUGUUGGUGUCUCGGGUGCGCGCGGUGCUGGCCACGGUGCGCGCCAUCCGAGACGGCGCACUGCCGCCGCGGCCCGGCCUGCUGCGCGAGGCGCGCGCGCUCGCCAACCGCCUGCCCCUGCUCACCUCGCAGCAGUUCCGCACGCACUUCUAUCACCAAUGUAACGACGUGGCUCUCAUGACAUACCUCGGCACGAUCACGAAGGGCUGUAACGCUAUCAACCAAUUAGUAAAUCGAUUUAAUGUACUUUAUGAUAGACAAGGAAUGGGUCGACGUAUGAGAGGGCUAUUUUUCUAAACAAAAUGUAAUUUUCGUGCGUUGAGAACAACAGUAAGUGGUGUACGUCAAAGUGUCCAAACGGACCAACUAGCAAUUGAGUACGUGUCUAGAUUUUAUAUUUUAGCAUUAUGCGAAAUUAUUUAAAUUUUUAAAUAUUUUAUAAUGUUCAUGCCAGGCCACAUGAUCACAAGAAAUACAUCAAUACAUCAAAAUGUUUGUAAUGUACCUGAAACCAUGACUGACUUAAUGCCCGGGCUACACGAGGCGUAUUUUUCAAGCAAGUGUUAGUAAGUUAGCAAGCUAGUACUUCUGGCUUCGUGUAGAAAAAACUAUCUUCAUUUCUAGCUAGUUUACAAGACAGAACAGUUUUUAAUAGGAUGGAGUUCUAUUUGCAGCCUAGUAGCUUCCCCGCACCACUGAUUUUACUAUCCUGGCAUAUUCAUGUGACCGGCGAAGCUAGUUUGCAGUUGGCUGGUACAGUUACAUAGAUGUGUGGUCACCUCGUGACUCCAGUGUUAAAUACUAGGUUCAAAAAUACUAAAAAUAGAAACGUAAUGUAAACAAGCUAGGUCAGCAAACCACCACAGUUCAGUAAAAAACUAGCUUGAUAUCCUAGCUUGAAAAACUCGCCUCAAAAGUGAACUUAGGUAAUUGUUAUUAUUACUUAUAUUUUUGAAUCUUUGGAAAUAAUAUUUUCUAUGUAUCAUUAUCAUUACUUACUUUGUCAUAUUGUGAUUUAAAAAAACGUAAUAUUUAUGAGUUGACAACUUGACAGUGUGCCUUUAAGCUAGAAUGCCGAACAUUUACCUAAUCGAACAUAAAAUCCGUUCCUUUUUCCUUGGGACAGUAGAAGACUUAAAUUUGUUUUCAAUGUAUUAUGUAGAAUUAUUACGUGACCUAUUAAUGCGUGACGUUCUCAAGUAAAAGGUCGUCGAAAGCAUUGUCGCAUAUGUUUUUUUAAGUAUAACCUGUUAAGAGUGAUUUUAUGCUUAUGCGAUAAUGCGGUAACGUUUGCUUGAGAACGACACAGACAUGUGUGCCAUGACAAGCAAAAGUGGAGCGUGUCAUUCACGAUGUCGCGCUUUGCGUCGUCGUCGCGCGUCAAACGUAAUGUAAUACGAACCAAGACAUGAGUCUUCGUGAAUCACAUGAUCCUAUAGGUAGUUUCAACUCAGUUGAGGCCACGCACACUACAACACUGUCAUGUAAUGACAACGAAAUUUUGAAAUUAGUGUUCUUACCGUGUACCGACUGCAGAUUCAACAGUGAAU